AUGAUGUCAAGAACUGUGUCGUCCUGGAUCUUAAGCUCAGCAAGAAACAGCAUAGUUUUACAAGGAAAAGGACGUUUAUACUCCGUCUGUAUCCCAAAUAGAAACAAGAUAAAAUGGAAGUUGGUUUUCUCCAAAACACGCCUCUACCCUGCUGGGAGUUUCUCCUUAACAAAAGCGUUCCGACACACUUCCACCGAAGAAGAACAUUUCUCUUUCCAGUUGUCUCCGUCGCAAAUCAACGAUAUGCUCAGAGCAGGCGAAUUAUCCCAUAAGACACUGGUUUUGAAUGGUAAAAAUGCAAAUUCUGUGCUGAGGUUUGAAAGUAACCAGUUGGCGUCCAACACCCCUAUUGAAGACCGCAGAAGCGCAGCCACCUGCUUGCAGACCAAAGGGAUGAUGUUUGGGGUCUUUGACGGUCAUGCAGGUUCCGCCUGCGCUCAGGCAGUAAGCGAGCGGCUGCUUCACUACAUAGCCGUCUCUCUCAUGUCUCGGCAGACCUUGGAAGAGAUCGAGCUCGCUGUGGAGUGCAUGAAACCGGUUCUGCCUAUUCUGCAGUGGCACAAGCAUCCAAAUGAUGGGGAGUAUCGAGAAAUAACUUCACAGUACUUUGAAAACCUCCGGGUUUACUGGCAACAUUUGCUGGACUUGGACACAGAGCCAGGAUUUAGUUUAGAAGAAGCCAUGAUAAGUGCAUUCAAAAGGUUAGACUCAGACAUAUCACUGGAAGUUCAAGCUCCGCAAGAAAAUGAAUUGAUGAGAAAUAUUGCUCUUCAGGUAGCUUUUUCUGGUGCAACAGCCUGUGUGGCUCACGUUGACGGUGUUCACUUACACGUUGCAAAUACCGGUGAUUGCAGAGCAGUUUUAGGUGUUCAAGAGGAAGAUGGCACGUGGUCGACUCUCCCUCUAACCCGAGACCACAAUGCCUUCGAUGAAUUUGAAAUCAGAAGACUGAAGAGAGAACAUCCUAGGUCUGAGGAGAAGACCCUGUUUGUGAAUGACCGAUUAUUGGGGAUUCUUAUGCCCUCCAGAGCCUUUGGAGAUGUGCAAUUAAAAUGGAGUAAAGAGUUGCAACACAGCGUUCUUGAGAACAGCUCUGAUGCUGAGGCUUUAAAUAUUUAUCAGUACGUUCCUCCAAACUACCACACCCCCCCUUAUUUAACUGCAGAGCCUGAAGUCACAUACCACAAAUUAAGAAGCAAGGAUAAGUUUCUAGUUCUUGCUUCAGAUGGACUGUGGGAGAUGCUAAGUAAUGAGAAGGUUGUGAAACUUGUCGCCGGACACCUCACAGAGCUUAAUGAGCAGAAACCACAACUGCCUUUUGAGAAACCGGUUAAUUUGGGUUAUAUGCACAGCUUGUUGCUGCAGAGGAAGAACAGAGGCAUUGCCUCCCUUGACCAGAACAUAGCGACUCACUUAAUAAGGCACGCAAUUGGGAGUAAUGAGUAUGGGGAGGUGGACCAAGAGAAACUUGCUGCAAUGCUGACGCUGCCUGAAGACCUUGCGAGAAUGUACAGAGAUGAUAUCACAGUUACUGUGGUGUAUUUUAAUUCAGAAACAAUUGAAAAUUACUACAGAAACAAUGAGUAGGAACUUGCACUGCCGCUGUUGUGUGCCACUAGCCAGCUUUGGUACUGAAACCGUUACUGUUUUCCUCUGGUAGUCAAGCUGUUAUCA